CCGCCUCGUAGGCAGCGGGGCGUUCCGAGUGCCCGGCGCCGCAUUGCCAUGGCUGCCCGUGGCGGCGUCGCCACCGCCAGCGAGGGCCUGCGCUACGCUGAGGACUCGCCGCCCCCGACCAAGCGGUCGGACACCGACAUUGACCGGAGACUGGCAAGAAGUUUGAUAGCUGUGGGACUGGGUGUUGCAACUCUUGGAUUUGCAGGUCGCUACACAUUUCAAAUCUGGAAACCUCUAGGACAAGUAAUCACAGAAACUGCAAAGAAGAUUUCAACUCCUAGCUUUUCAUCCUACUAUAAAGGAGGAUUUGAACAAAAAAUGAGUAGGCGAGAAGCGAGUCUUAUUUUAGGUGUAAGCCCAUCUGCUGGCAAGGCCAAGAUUAGAGCAGCUCACAGGAGAAUCAUGAUUUUGAAUCACCCAGAUAAAGGUGGAUCUCCUUACUUAGCAACCAAAAUUAAUGAAGCAAAAGACUUGCUAGAAGCAGCCACCAAACAUUGAUUGAUGCUCAAGGACCACUCUGAAGGAGAAAAAGGGGGACCUUAUAAAAAAUGUCCUGCAAGUUAAUCUAAAUCAUGACCUUCAUAAUUUUCAUACAUGUAGUGACCACAAUCAUUUCUUCCACUACUAAGCUAUAUAAUAAUAAAAGAUGAACAAUC